AGAUCUGCUUCAAAGGAGAACAUUCAUUUUAGAAGUCAAGAUACUCAAGCACGGCUUUUGAAGAACAGUAAUUUCUGAGGGACCAUAAUUUCCAAAUCAAAAGUUGGAAGAAGAUUGAUCUCACUCAACAUGGAUGCCUUUGGCCUGGUCCCCAUGCUAACUUUGCUUCAUAUUGUGCUCCAAGUAUCCUCAUCUGCAGAGCCUCUAACUCGACCCACACUUUCUGUGCAGCCUAUGUACCAGGAAUAUUAUGAAGGAGAGAAGAUCAGGUUGGUCUGCUCAACUUUUCAGAACUUGACAGGGAUGCGAAACUUGAUGGUGCAAGGUUACCGAUUCUUCCGAGAAAAUGGGCAGCAGAUCCAUCAAGAGGCCCCAAAUGCUUAUGGAGAUGGCGUGAUGGAUUUUGAGGCACAAAUGAACAAAACCGGAAGUUACAGGUGUGCUUAUUGGCUGGAAGAAGCAGGCAGGGAAGUUCAGUCAGACCAAAGCCGCACCAGCAGCAUCCAAGUGAAUGCGGCCCCAUCAGCUCCAUCUCUGAAUUACAUGAUUUUUGACUUCAGAAAGUCCAUCAGAAUGGAAUGCACAGCUCCACCUGAAGCUGAUCAAAUCAGGGAGUUUCGUUUCAUUACAAACAAAAUGGUUAUCUCGGUCAUGGCUACCGGCAACAGCUCCUACACAUACAAUCUAACUAAUGUGAAAGGCAAGGAUGUGGAGAGCAUCAGGUGUGCCUAUGCUAAGUACCUCAGUGGAAGAAAUGUAGUUUCCAGGAGCAGCAAUCCAAUCUACAUUGACCUGCUAGGCGUCAGAUGGAUUCGAUUGUUGGCUGUCGGUGGGAGUUUCUUCACCAUCAAUGGUCUCAUCUUCUUAAUCUCCUAUUGUAUUUCUUUAAAAAGCAGAUCUCUUCUUCAGAAGACUGAAAGGACCAUCUGACCAUGGUCUACUUCAUAAGCUUCUCUUUAGGUUGAAAUGCAGUUGAAUUGAUGGUCUUCAUCAGGUGCUUCAGCCAAUAUAUUAGACGCACCCUUAAGCCACUGACAAAAUACCAUGCCUGUCUCCGUUUAAUGAAUUCCCCCCAAAUGUAAUAUUUCUGCAGCCCUGCCUUUUCAGCUGACGUUUUCCUGCAGUUUGGUCUUUCUCAAAAACAUAUGAAAAACCUCAGCAAGUUAUUCUGACUUUUGCAAACUGCUGCUACGGUUGCUCUUGUGGCUGUUGCUUCUUCUGCUGCUGUUUUAAAUAAACCAGAGUAGGUCUUUGGUUA